AAAAAAAUUAAUGGAAAUUGAGAAACCAGAAUGCAAAUCGCUGCAGAAAGGCAAGAAACCCUGCCCCCUUCGGCCUUCGGCCCUUCCCCGCUCACAUCCCCACCGCGGUGCCGCCACUGUCGCCGGCUCCUUUCCCUUCUUCACUCCAACAGUCCGCCCCAUACAUCAGUCUUCCUCCCCCACUAAUUAUUUCAAGUAAUUAUCGAUUUUCAGAAUAUGGAUACCAGCGACAUAGUGGUAUCAUCCAUUCGUGCUGGGAUGAAGAGGGAGUUUGCCUUCAUGAUGAAGGCUCAGUCUGAAAUGGGGGGGCUUCCAGCGGGCAGGAGAGUAACCAGGUCCCAGAGAGGUGCUAGUUCCAGAAGAGGCACUAGUUCCAGAAGAGGCUAUGUGGUAAGUGAGAGUAAGAUUAAUAAGAAAAGGAAGGGGUCUGCUUCGAAGAAAUCGAAGAAGAUUGAAGAAGAUAAAGCAGAAACAGAGGAUGUAGUCAAGUUGGAGCUCAGUAAUGUUUUGGAUGGUGACAACGGGGCAGAGAGGGUAGUUGACAUUGUAUCUGAUAUGGGCGACUGUACAAGAAAUUUAGAGGCUGACUUAGUUACUGUAAUGGGCGAUGAAGCAGAAGAAAAGGUGGGGGCAAGAAAUUUAGAGGCUGAUUCAGUUGCUGUAGUGGGCGAUGAAACAGAAGAAAAGGCGGGGGCAAGAAAUUUAGAGGCUGAUUCAGUUGCUGUAGUGGGCGAUGAAACAGAAGAGAAAGUGAGCGCAAGCAAUUUAGAGGUUGACUCAGUUGCUGUAGUGAGAGGUGAAGCCGAAGAGAAAGUGGGCGCAAGAAAUUUAGAGGUUGACAUAGUUGCUAAAGUGGGUGAUGAGGCGGACGAGAAAGUGAGCACUGAUUCUAGGGAAGGCAUUGUCCAGCCCUUGUGCACAGAUUCACCUGUGGAUCAGGUUGGAGGUAGUGAUAGAGUUUCUACUCAUGAAGAUGAUAGAAUACUUAGCAGUGCCUCUGAUUUGGGAUGUGAGAGUACUGCAGAGCAUACAAGCAUGGCUUUGGACAAGCCACUGAGGAGGUUUACGCGCUCGGCUUUGAAGCUGCAGGAUGGGACGACAGAGUUAGGAUCGGGGGCAGGAGCUGUGAAGAGUAUGACUACAAGUCCUUCAAAGCUUGAAAUGAAAAUGUCAAAAAAGAUUGGGUUGAAAAGAAAUCCCUUCAAGUUAAAGGAUCUUCUUGAUACGGGAUUGCUUGAGGGUCUUCAUGUUUGCUAUGUAAAUGGAUCAAAGGGGAGGAGGCGGCCAGAAACUGAACUUCAGGGAGUUAUUAAGGGAAUUGGGAUAUUAUGUUCAUGUGAUGAAUGUGAGGGGAAAAAGGUUGUUACUCCUAAUCAAUUUGAAUUGCAUGCACGUAGUGGGAAUAAGCGUCCACCAGAAUAUAUAUAUUUGGAGAAUGGAAAAAGUCUGAGAGAUGUGCUUAAUGCAUGUAAGGCCAAUCCUUCAGAUUCACUGGAAGGUGUCAUCCAGAAUGCAAUUGGCCGUUCAAAUUAUACAACUGCUUUCUGUCUCAAUUGCAGAGGGUUGAUUCCUGAAACUGGUGCUGGCCGAGCAAUGCUUCUUUGUGAUUCCUGUGUUCUACCAAAGGAGUCUGGCCCCAGUCAAACACAGAUCAGUGAUGCCACCCUCAGGUCUCCUUUGGCUGGUUCACCAGCUCCUGUUUCUUCUAGUUGUCUGCCUGAAGUUCUAGAUAGUGUUCAAAUUUCUUCAAAUAGUCAACCUCAAGUGAAGAGUCAGGGGAAGCUGACACGAAAGGAUUUGAGAAUGCAUAAAUCUGUUUUAGCGGAAGAUCUGCUCCCUGAUGGCACUGCUUUGUCAUAUGUUAUGCAUGGAAAGAUAAGGCUUGAGGGUUACAAGAAAGAUGGUUCAAUCUUCUGCUUCUGUUGCAAAAAAGUGGUGAGCCCCUCGCAGUUUGAGGCUCAUGCUGGUUUUGCUUCGCGUCGGAAGCCGUACAUGAGUAUAUACACUUCCAAUGGGGUCUCUCUGCAUCAGCUAUCCCUUGAACUAUCCAGAAGCCGUAAAUCAUCUACUGAAGAAAAUGAUGAUCUUUGUUCUAUUUGUGAGGAUGGAGGAGAUUUGUUAUGCUGUGAAAAUUGUCCACGAGCUUUCCACACUGAAUGUGUUGGUCUCUCAAAUAUUCCGCAGGGAAUAUGGUACUGCAAGUACUGCGAGAAUAUGUUUGAAAAGGAAAAGUUUGCAGAGAACAACGCAAAUGCAAUCGCAGCUGGUAGAGUCCCUGGUGUAGAUCCACUAGAGGACAUCACCAGGAGGUGCAUUCGUAUUGUUGCAAAUGUUGAAAAGUAUAUUGGGGGUGGAUGUGUUAUUUGCAGGGUAGAUGAGUUCAGCAAGUCAGGGUUUAAUGACCACACAGUUAUGAUCUGUGAUCAGUGUGAGAGAGAAUAUCAUGUCAAAUGUCUAAGGGAGCAAGAGAUUGAUGAUUUGAAGGCACUGCCGGAAACUGAAUGGUUCUGCAGCAAAGAGUGUAGCAGUAUUCAUUCUAUCCUUCAGAAGAUGAUUGGUGAUGGUGACCAAAGGCUUCCAGAAGCUGUUUUUCACAUCCUGGAGAAGAAAGGCGAUGGACAAGGUUCAGAGGAUAAUCCUAAGCUUGAUGUGAGAUGGAGGCUGCUCAGAGGAAAGGUGUCUUCAGAGGACACCAGGGUUUGGCUUUCUGGUGCUGUCACGAUUUUUCAUGACCGAUUUGAUCCUAUAGCUGAUGCCAGCACCAGCCGUCUUGACCUUAUUCCAACAAUGGUUUAUGGGCGGAAAUUCAAAGACCAGGAAUUUUAUGGCAUGUAUUGUGCCAUAUUGACAGUUGGCUCUGCAGUAGUGUCUGCCGCCAUUGUGCGGGUUUUUGGGGAGGAAGUUGCUGAGCUUCCUCUGGUCGCCACAAGGAGUGAUUGCCAGGGAAAGGGAUACUUUCAAGCGCUCUUCGCCUGUAUUGAGGAUCUUUUAUCGUCACUCAACAUCAAGGAUCUGGUGCUUCCUGCAGCAGAUGAGGCAGAAUCACUGUGGAAAACCAGAUUUGGGUUUGAAAAACUUGCCCAGGAAAAGUUAGAUGAAUACAAGAAGAGUUACCAGCUGAUGAUCUUUGAGGGAACUUCUGUUCUGCACAAGUCGAUGUCUAAGUCUUGAAGUAUCAACUUAUUUUGGAGUGGUGGUGAAUGUAGAAGAGUUUUGAAGGAUUCGUUUUUGCCCGAAUAGGCCAUUGCAAAUAUUUUUGGAUGGUUUUGUUCAUCUUAUAGAAUGUGAAAAUGCCCAAGUACAUAGAGAUAUACACCUAGCUAGCUAGGCUGCAGCUCAAUUGUUUAUUGUAGGAGCAAGGAAGUGAGUAGUAGAAUCAUCUCCAGUUUAGUUUUCAUCUAUUUUUGUCCAACCCUGGAGAUAAUACUCAUUUUAUCUUUCUUUCUGAACUACAAAUCCAUUUUUUUUAAUGUAUUUAUUCCUUAUUUAGCA